GGGAAUCUGCUGUAUUCGGACCGGCGCAUCGAAUGCGGCAACUACGGUCAGCGCUCAGGUGGACUCUGCCUCGUGUCCUUCUCGUUCUUGCAUCUCUCUCCUCGACGCUUGAGCAUCGCUCCUCGCCUUUAUCGUUGUCCAUCUCCUCAGACUGACCUCAGCUAUGGGCCAACGAUUCGACGACAUGCCUCCGCUCGUUGACUCUCAGGGAUCCGCACCCAUGAUGAUGAAUAACCCAAAUCCAUGGCCCUCGUCCUUUGACUCCUUUGGCCACAUGCCCGGCGCAGCACAGCCGCAGUCCUGGAGUCCGGGUCCAGCUUUCAUGCAGCCCCCACAAUGGCCAGGGUGGGAGUCACAAGCACAAGCGGGCAGCACACCGAUGUCCUGGGGGACGUCCAUGUCGUCCACACCCGCAAUACUCGCAGCGCCCAUGGCGGUGAUGCCGCCAACGUUCGGUGUCGGUGUCCACACCGAUGGCUGGCCGCGCCCACUCGCAUCGCGCGAACCGGAGACCAACAGUAGCCCACCAUGGAAGAACUACGACGACUCCGAUCAGUCGCUUGCGCCGCCACGAUCGAGAACACCGCUGUCGCGGAGCGCAUCCCUUUCUUCGAGCCCAUCCUCGUUCUCACUGGGGAGCGGCUCCCUCUCACGCAAGACGUCGAUAGUGCGCGGGCGUACUGCCGAGGCUCUCAAACAUCCUCCACGGGAAUGGAGGACAGACUUUUCUUUGAACGGAAAUAUAUUCAGCGGGCUGCUUGGAGCCCGUAAUCGCUCGAGAUCAUUCGGUGGCGGGGGAAACGAGCCUAAAGUCACGCUACACCCAUACAUUCGGUAUACGGGCCUAGCCAAACCCCCAAUGAUGCUCGACCUCCGCGAGUCCCCGAACACCAUCCAGUUCCGCGCGCUCAAGGACCGGCAGUUGACAAGUUGGGACAUGAUGCGUUUCGUCUGUGAGCCGCCCCUGCAGCACAUGCGCUUCUACCACGCGCACCUGCCGUGGUACAUCGACGUUGAAUCGCAGAACCCGGCCGGGGUGACGCUCUACGACAUGUUCGCCACCAUCCACAUGUGCAUGAUGACACCGAUCGAGAACGCGGACUACUACAACGUCGAGAUGAACUCCGAAGCGCGCGCGCAGGUCGCAGACGCGUGGGCAGCACGGUGUCGGACGGAGGGGGAGCGACAGCAGGGCAUCAGGCGUGUCGACUAUCUCAUGGGGCGGUGCAUCAUGGAGGGUAUUCAGAAGGGCAAGGAUGGAAUGUGGGAGAUACGGACGCGGAAGCCAAGCCCGUCGUGACAGUCGUUGUAUUUGGGUUCUCAGGAGAUCCUAGGUUGCUGUGUCGGGAACAAUGGGGUAUGUGUGUUCGUGGAUGCUGAAGUGAAGUGAACUCAAGUAGCCCGAUUUUUGCAUGCUAUAUUUAUCACGUGUAGCCGGUCUCAAGCCAUGUACAUGUAUUCUGUGUAAGAUUCCUGCUGUUUCUUUGGACGGCUCUGCUACCAUACCAUAUCCUCCAGUGCACGCAAAUGUACCAUACAUUCAAGAACGGUGUACGUGCGCUUGCUGAAGUA